UCCACAUCACCAGGAGGAAAUAACAUUCUUAUUUAUUUAGAUUUUUUUGCACAACAUACAAGCUAAAAUUGUCACGUAGCCAUAGAAAAACGGUACCAAAAUGCAGAAGACUGCGACGCUUUUCGUAGUCGCGCUGGCGCUUAUUUCAGCCGCCUCCCGAACAGCCGCAAAGUCCGACCCCGGUAUUGUCGAUAUCAAAGUUUAUGCAGAUAUGCCAUAUAUCAGGGAACAGCGGCCACUGCUGGCCAACACCAAGAUCUACACGCAAAUUGUGGCAUGCACAUCCAAAGUGGAGACGAAUCUGACCAUAACCUUUAAGCUCACAGAGCAUCCAUGCAUCUUCGAUGACCGGAUGCUGCAGCUAAUCGCAGAAAAUCCUACGCAGCAGCAGAACUCGAGCAUAAACAAUGUUAUUGUACAGAUAACAAGGACGUAUGCCUGCAACGACCUCAUUGUGCUGGUUGGAGACAAGGACAAGCCGGCGGAAGGAGUAGCGUCCACGCCGGAGCCAAGGCAUCCCAUGAAGGAAAACAAACAUCCACUUUCGCCCACAACUAAUUCGGUGGCCACCGUUAAGGAGGAUGGCAUAUACGAGAUCGAAGUGAAUAUAGCACCGGGACAACCGAAUCAGCAAUUCAAUGCGAUAGUUCACAUUGAGUUCCUUGGACCGCACGGUUUUAUCUCAGCCAUAGACUGGCCAUUCCUGCCCUUCUACCUGAUCAUGUGCAUUGUUUAUGUGAUCUUUGGCAUCAUUUGGCUAUUCGUUUCGUUUUCCCAAUGGCGAGAUCUAUUGAGAAUUCAGUUUUGGAUUGGUGGCGUCAUCCUGCUUGGAAUGCUGGAGAAGGCCUUCUUUUACGCCGAGUACCAAACUCUCACCAACACAGGAGUGGCUGUGGAGCACGCGGAGCUGGUCGCUGAAUUUGUAUCUUGUGCGAAGCGCACACUGGCUCGAAUGCUGGUCAUCAUCAUGAGUCUGGGCUUUGGAAUUGUCAAACCUCGCUUGGGUCCCAUGCUGCAUCGGGUUGUGGGUGUGGGUACUCUCUACUUUGUGCUGGCCUGUGUGGAGAGCUAUUUGCGCAUUACCAGUGUGAAGAGCGAUCGCAGCGAGUUGCUGGUGGCCAGCAUUCCUCUUGCGGUUCUCGAUACAGGCAUCUGUUGGUGGAUAUUCACCUCCCUAGUGCAGACAACCAGAACGCUUCGGCUAAGAAGAAACAUGGUGAAGCUAUCGCUGUAUAGGCAUUUCACCAACACGUUGAUCUUUGCUGUUAUCGCUUCCGUCAUCUUCAUGCUGUUUGCGUUGCGUUUGCGUAGAACCGAGAACUGUACGCCUGGCUGGCGUAAUAUCUGGAUCGAUACGGGCUUCUGGCACAUUCUGUUCUCAGUGCUGUUGCUGGUUAUUAUGAUACUAUGGCGACCGACAAAUAACAAUCAGCGCUAUGCGUUCACACCCCUCCUGGACAGUCCCGAGGAUGAGGAUGAAGACGAUGAGGAAGACCAGUUCGUGGCCGAUGCUUAUGGCGUUAAAAUGCGUGGGCAGAAUGGCACGCCAAAGACUUCGACGAACUCGCGCACAGCCACAACCACUGAAGAAGACGAUCUGCGUUGGGUGGAGGAGAACAUACCCUCAUCGAUGGCGGAUUCCGCUCUGCCCGUGCUAGACUCGGAUGAGGAGAUCAUCAACACCAAGUUCGAAGUUUCCAAAAUGCAAUAAGCUGUGACUUAAGCUGGAACUAAGAGACUUUUAGCAUAUUUUUGUUGCACAAUCUACAGUCAAAAUAUGUAUUGUUUUUUUUUAUUUCAAUUUGAGAACGAGGAGGACAAGGCAAGCGAAGAAGGGAGAAAUUAUUGCUGGACAAAUAUUUGGAGCUGCGCUGCUGCUGCUGCUGCUGCUGCUGAUCUUCCCAACUUACGAUGAAACCCUCAAGUGUAUUGAAAUGUCUGCGUUCGACGACUACGAAUUGUGUUUGCUUUUUCAGCUACGCUUUCUGAACCCGUGUAAAAUAUUGUAUGUAAUCGAAGUUACUUCUCUCCACACGUUCUCCCACUAAAUAAAUCUAACUUAUUCGUAAUACCUAGCCUAAGUUGUAGAUAUCUAUGCGACAGACACACUUAAUUUAUGAAAUUUGAAAACUAUUUCGAACGAUAAUUUUGAUUACUUGAAUACAGUUGCUAAUGUGUAAGUAAAUACAUAUACAUACAAACAUAUACAUGUAUAUUCAUGUCCCUCGCCUCUUUGUAAAUAGCUCGUAACACAAACAAAUAAACGAUAUGUAUUCUGUAAUACUUACAUAUAUGAUAAAACACCCAAGCUACGUCAUCGGGUAAACACUUCUACUGGAACUAUUUACUGAUAACUAAAAUACAUUUGCAGAUACAGAUUUGUACACACACCUAAUCGUAUAUUUAAAUACCCUUUUUAUUCGUAGAACAGUUAACGAUUUUUCAUAAUAAAAAUGCAAUCGUAUAAUGAAGGUAGCCCAU